AUUUUUAGAAUUCCGGGAAAUGAAUUUCAUAGAAGAAACCCGAUAUUAUGUCACGUGAACACCGCUAAUAAGUGGUAAACUGAAACUUCAAACGCACUCUGCAAUCGUAUCUUGGACAGACAAGUUGUGUUGCGACAUUUGUGAUCUUUUGUGAUAAUAAGACAUUGUUUUCAGAGAAUCAUGCCACGGGGACGACCGCCAAAGUCUCAGGCAGGCUUGAAGGGGCGCGCGAACGGGCUGCGAGUGAUUGACCGGAAGCCGAUCCGACCGUUGGAGCGCCAGAAGAUGCGGCCCUGGUUGGUGGACCUACUUGAUCAAGGAGUCUGCAACCAGCUUGCCUGGUAUAAGAAGCGAGAAAAUCUCUUCCGGAUCAUGUGGAAGCACGCCGCUGGUCAGACGUUCAAUGCGACGUGUGACGCUUCCCUCUUUCAGCGUUGGGCGGAACACACUGGGAAGUUCGUGCAAGGCGAUAAACCAGACGCCAAGAAGUGGAAAGCAAACUUCCGAUGCGCAUUGCAUUCACUUCCGGACGUUGAAGAAGACAGAGACCUCCGUGUGAAGCGGGGAAACAACGCUUUCAGGGUCUACAAGUUCCUUGACUCGAAAAAAGCGAAGAAAACUGCGCCCAAGAAAACAGAGCAACCGAAGAACGUUGCCAGACGAAACGCACGCGUGGAAGAUGGCGGAUGUAGCGAUGGCUACAGCCCAUCACACGACGGAAGUCAUUCAGACUGGGACAUGCGCAGUGAAGACCGCGAGGCGGUGGAGAAUUUGUCUUAUGAUGAAGAGUCGGAUGAACAAGGCUCUCCGCUCCCCAAGUUUGAGGAAAUCUGCCCAUUUGCAGUAAAGUCGACUAAGUUUCCAGUUGCGAUACCAAUGAUCUCCUCUUCGCCAACGGAUGAUGGUCGAUCGUAUCAUCUGAACAUCUAUCAAACCGACGAUUCGUACCAGAUCGUACACCAAGGAUGGGAGGCAGAAGAUAGCGGACACUCGAUCGAGGAGUACGAGUUCGAUCCGGAACCGGAACUGGACCUGGACGUGCAAGAAGAAGUCGUAUGCAGCAACACAGAUGUCUGCAGCAGCACAGAUGGGCCGCACGUGGUUGUUAUGUGCGAGAUGAUGCCAUAUUAUGGGGAGUAUACGUCAAUGGAUCUCACAGAGGAUAUGACCGAGAUUUAGGCAGCGGCAGACGGCAUUGAGACUUUCUUAAACCCACUAAAACCUCAGACGCCAAUUGUGCAUAAUCGCUAUGUGUCUGUGACUUACAAACACUGCCUAACACGUGACAGUUUUACCACUUGACAGAAUACCACGUGGCUGUGCUGUGAGAGAUGUCAGAAUGCAGUUUUAAUGCUGUCCCUGGGCCAUUAAAACCGCUUUCAGUCAUGGUUUCAUAUAUCCAUCGGACUAGUGGCCGUCCUUCGACUGACGUCAGGCAUAUAGAGUGAGGUGUAACCCUUGUGUCUCUACGCGUAUGCGUUCUCGACCCGCCCGAAUGACAAAGAAACGAAGAACUGGCACAUGUGUGUGCUUGUUGAGGGAGGGGGAUAGACACGUGCAUCACGUUACCGUAAGACUUAUAAGUCACGUGAGAUUUUGACAUGCUGACUGAUGUAAAUGUAUGUGGUGAAGUCAACACGGGCCACAAAAUAUUCUAAAGUUGAAAUAUGGUAUACGUUGAAGCUUUGACAAAACAUUUACAAGCUGAAUCUGGCACGUUGGCUUCCAAAUAGCAUUGUAUUCAUGUACUGGUUGAGUUGCACCGUUUCUACUUCUUCAGGUGUAUGCUGCAUUGUUUGAAACAGAUACUUAUGAACAUAAUCUUGAAUUGCAAAAAGGCAAGCACUCGAACUAGACGUAGCAUCAUUUUGUCUAAAAUUUGUAAAAUGUUGGCCAUAAAAAUAAUUUAAGCCGGUCUUAAUUUCGCAGCAUCAACGUUAAAGUAUAUAAAACAGUAAUUACAAGUUUGAAUGUCUUGGUGUGUGGAUAAUGUGGAUUGGGAUUCUGUAACAUGAUAUAUCAUCAUAUUCAUCUGAAGUGUCUAGGGGAAGGAUGCAUGCGUGUGUGUUCCUUUUUGCUGAAAAGGUUAAGUUACGAGUGCACACGGUUUGUAAACCGAGAAAGACAUACUUAUAUAUAAAAUACUUUAAAAUAUCACUGAGGAAGGAUAGUUAAGAAAAUAAGUUGUUAAUUAUAGCAUGCAUUUUUAAGCGAGGAACCUUCAAAUUCCCUGAUUUUAUUUGAAAGUAUGUAAUAGAUGGAAAAACAUGAAAUAAUGACUAUCAUGUUGAUUUAUAAUGAGAUGACAUGUAAAUACAUGUAUAUUUACAAAAUGUACAUAUUUAUACAAAACAAUACUGUAAGCAAGGGUUACUUGGAUGAGCCAACUUCCUUACUAGAAUUACUGCAAUUAAGUUUUCAAUUGUUCUUAAGACCAUGGUUUUAAUAUAGGUCUUUUAAGUGCCCAUUUCUUCUUAAACACUUUUAAGCUGAGUGAUACACCGGAAGAGCUCUUAAUGAGGCCCAUUGUUCAUUUUUACGAGGUGAUAGUUCUUGGAACCGUUAUUUGCCACAAUCACUCUAAGUGUGGGGAUCUUCAUAGAUACUAUACAAUUGUAUAGUUAUAUAUAUGUAUAUAAACCGUUCCUCUACUAGUGACCCGAAAUUCAGGGAAGACUUAUAUUGUGUCAAUCUGCUUAUCCAUUAAUUUGGUCAUAAAGUAGUUAUACUUAGAAUCACCGGUGUCCCUAAAAUCCAGAUCUUGGAAUGUUUUGGAAGUUAUUACGGGACGAUAUGUUGGCAAUCAAGUUAAUGUGCAAAUUAGAAGUGUUUGUAGUCAAGUGUGAGUUGUUAGUGUACUUUGGAAUGAAAUUCAAGCAUGUUAAUUUACUGAUUACUUGCGCACUAUGAUCUCGAUUUGAAAUGAGAAAUCGUUGGGCUGUUGUAAGCAAGAGAUUUACGAAUUUCAAUACAUGUGUAUUGCAUAUAAUCUAUUUUAUAAACGGUUAAAUCAUUUAAUUUACAAACCCAACACAAAUCACCUGUCAACAUGCCAAAGUCACUGCGUUAUCUACUUGAAAUUGGACCAAAGUUUGGACUUCGGGUUUUGAUUGUGAUGAAUUGUUCAUUUGUUAAUUUAAUUUACUCUUAUGAUAAUUUUCAGUCGCGUUUUAGGAAAUCCAGGCUUAAUUCAUGUCCAAUAUUAGCCAAUGCAGUUCUGUAAAAUUGAUAUUAAAUGUAUCUUUUAAAAAUCUUUAUUUCUAGUCAAUGAAGUUUCUCUGUAUCAAUAUCUCACCUUUUCACAAAAAGUAUUUAAUUUAGUACCAAGCGUUGAAAAGAAUUUUUUUUAAUUUAUGGAAACUUUUGAUGUUCGAUUUUGUUGGUUUUGUUGGUGGUUCAAUCAUUUUUGUUUAUGAAUGCGUGCAAUGAUAUUAGUUGUUACUGCAUAAUUUUUGUCAGGAAUGUUAAUGUUUGUAUGAAUAUUGGUUUCGAAACUUGUGAUAUCUUUGUACAUAUUUGUAUACAUAUGAAUUAUCGUGUUUAAAAUUGAUUGCAAUGCCAACGUAUUAAACAUAUUAAAUAUGACUUUAAUAUAAAAUAAAAUGCAUUUGAAGAAA